CCGCAGCAAAGCAUGAACGUCUUCUCAAAUCAAUAUUUCAAUAAUUGCAAAGCGAGCAGACAAGCGCCGCAUUUUCGACACCUCCCUGCCUUUCCUACUUGUUGGGGGUUUCCUUUCGCACGUCAGCUGCGGUCUACCACGUCAUCCGGGCCCAUGCAGGCCUAACUGGACUUCAUGCCUGCAGCUUCACCCUCUCUCGACUCCGAUGAAUAUGACCCUAUCGAUCACUUGAACCUUAUAUUUUCCCAUCCUGCAGCCCUAGACUCCAUACAAGCCACCUCCGAGACUCUCCGCAGCUAUCAAGAUGAUCUGGAUGAGGACAUCGCCGCCUUUGUUGCGGCGCAGGCGGCCUCAGACGCAGAUAGCGUUGCUAGAAUACAAGCCGCGAAGGCAGAGCUCGCCGACCUGUUCAGCAAGAUCGAAAGCGUGCGAUCGCGGGCCCUACAGACGGAACGAACCAUCACAGAUAUGACCGCCGAUAUCAAGCGUUUGGACAACACGAAGCGCAACUUGACACUGUCAAUGACCGCAUUGAAGCGUUUGCAAAUGCUGACAACGGCAUAUGAGCAGCUACGGAGCUUGAGCAAAUCUCGUCAAUACCGAGAAUGCGCUCAGCUGCUGCAGGCUGUCGUCCAACUCGUGGCACAUUUCAAGAGCUAUCGGUCAAUAGACCAAAUCGCAACCCUGAGCCGCAACGUUGCCGACUUGCAGAGCGAGCUUCUGGAACAGAUAUGUGAGGAUUUCGAGGUCGCCUUUGCGAAAGAUGAAGUCGCCCAGCGCAAGGCCAUGUUGACAGAAGCAUGCUUGGUUAUGGAUGCGCUAGGGGAUCAUGCAAGGAUUCGCCUUGUCAACUGGUAUUGCAACACCCAGCUGCGCGAAUACAGACAAGUGUUUCGUGGGAAUGACGAGGCUGCUUCUCUGGACAAUAUAUCAAGAAGAUAUUCUUGGUUCAAUCGAAUGAUGAAGACAUACGACCUGGAACAUGCCGCUAUUUUCCCCUCUCAUUGGAGGGUAAACGAGAUGCUUGCCAACUCAUUCUGUGAAGGCACACGGGACGAUUUCAAGGCAAUCUUGCAGCGGUAUAUGCGUAGAGGCGAUGGCCAGACCUUGGAUGUGGAUCUCCUCCUCUCGUGUCUGCAAGAAACACUCAAUUUUGAGCACAGCCUUGAGCGCCGCUUUUCCACCGAGCCACGGUCUUCGCUGGAUACAAUGGCAAGUAAGGAAGAUCGACCUCAAGGUUUUAAUCAAGCGAUCUCCGAGGCGUUUGAGCCGUAUAUGAGCCUAUGGGUGGAGUCGCAAGACAAGCAAUUGGCUACUCUUAUUCCCAAAUAUCGCCAACAGCCACUCCGCAAUGCAGAAGAGGAGUUCUCCGCACAAGCCGUCAUCCCGUCUUCCACGGAAUUGUUUCACUUUUACCGUCUUACUCUCGCACAAUGUGCCAAACUAUCAACAGGGACCAGGUUACUGGAACUUUCUCGUACUUUUGCCAAGUAUCUCGAUCAAUAUGGCCAACAGGUUCUGUAUUACUUCCUCAGCGAGAAGCCUGGGCCACAAGGACCAUCUGUGGAAGAUGCCGUUCUUAUCCUCAACACGGCUGAUUAUUGUUACCAAACCUGCAAUCAGUUGGAAGACAAGAUCAGAAGCCGCAUUGACGAUGACCUUCGCGAAAAGGUCGAUUUGCAAAGCCAAGCCGAUGCAUUUAUGGGAAUCGCCAGUGCUACCGUGCGGGUGCUCGUGAGGAAGGUUGAGCUUGCGUGCGAGCCCAGUUGGAGAGAGAUGCGCAAUACACCGUGGAGCAAACUGGAGAAUGUUGGUGAUCAUAGCACUUACGUGACCGAGCUGCUGCACCACGUCAAGGAAGGUUCUGCAGAAGUGCUCAAAUACCUACACAAGCAGCAAUACGCAAGAGCGUUCUGCGAUAACUUGGUGGAUAUAUUGGCCACGACGUAUGUUGCAAACAUCGUCCAGAGCAAGCCCAUCUCCGAAGUUGGUGCGGAACAGAUGCUCCUGGAUUCCUAUGUGUUGAAGAAAGGCUUCACCGAGUUACCUGUGUUGAAUGAAGAGCCGGGUACCGCUCCACCAGCAAGCUUCGUGAAACGCGUAAAUCAGUCGAUGAGCAAGAUAGAUCCCCUCCUAAAAACCCUCCAAGUCCGGCCCUCACCUCCCGAAGCCCUCGUCCAAGCGUACCUCAUCCACAUCGCCGACAAAUCCGAUACCAAUUUCCGCAAAAUCCUCGACCUCAAGGGCAUCCGCAAAGCCGAACAAGGCCACCUCCUCGAUCUCUUCGCCGCCUUCCGCGCCUCCCCGAAUCACGAGAACCUGGUACAAAACAGCCCGCUGCUGACUCCUUUGCAAGUACAAUCCGCGCAUAUCGGCACGAGCAUCGCAGCCAGUGCCAUGGGCGGGACGCCUAGUCUGGGUAGUGGGCGAUUUGAUCCCGCGGGCUUUGGAAACGCGCUUAUGAAUGCGGCGAGGGAUGGUGUUGAUCGGUUUGGGAGCCCGGCGCCGGGGGCACAGGUUGCGGAGGCCGGACAGGAGAGGGGGAAUUUGAAUGAGAAUUUGAAGAAUAUUGGCAAGUUCUUUAGGAGGGAUGUUGGGUUUAGGGGGUUUGGGAGGACGGAGGAGGGGAAGUAGGUGGGGGUGUAUUGGAAUCGCGUAAGAUGCUGAUAUCAAGUUCGCUCAGCUUUGUUUCUGUGCGUGCGUUUGCCCGGGGGAGGGUGUACAGGGCCGUGAUGUGGAAGGUGGUUUGAUCUGCUGUGGGAUACGUGUGUGGGAUACUCAAGUCCAUGGCAAUGUAGAAUUUGUAUGUGACGAGUGGCAGUCUCUGUCGCACUAUACGCAUGCAAUCGAGCGGCGUUUGUAGGCAUACUGCCACAGUACGUACGUCCUAUGUCUUCGCCGCAACGAUCUUGCCAACGCCGCCCCUCUGGUUUUGGAUAUAAGCCACCACGUACUUAAAUACAUACACCUCAAC